AUGCCCGAACUCACAAAACCACAGAGUACCGGAAACCCCUACAGUACACCACGGCAACCAGCUCACAGACCAGGCAGUUCUCAGCCUAGUACAUCCACUAGCAUUCCAAAGCUGCCUGUUGAUGGCCUUGUGGAUAUCGUUGACUUGAGCAUCACAGCACCCGAGACGCAUGAACAGGGUUCAUCACGACGGCUGCCACCGCCACUGAGUGGCAAGGACGAUAUUGAACCGGGAAACUGGUCAAAUUUUAUGAUGUCGGCACCGUUCAAAUUCUCAGUCGGCGUCAAGGGCAACCACCUCAAGGGCAAGCUUCUUCCUGCGCUUCUCGCAAUGUCACCACGCAAUGAGCCAGUUCUCCGAGAUGGCUGGCGAAACAAAUGGGACGACUCUGCGUUCUUCUCGAAGGUCAACUCAUCACUGGCCAAUGUGGAAGCUCUGGCCAUGCAGUGCGUUGGGAAAAUCAUCACGGACCCAAAAUACCAGUGUAUGUCCUGCAGUGAGGGCGACGGCCCGUUUGACUUUUGUGCCCGGGUCGAAGGCAUCGAUGACUGCAGUAAUUGUCAUUGGAAGCGGAACAACGAUAGAUGCUCCUUCCUCCCGAACACCCGCCAGAAGAAGUUGCGGCGAGCGGCCAAGCUUUUUACUGAAGAAGAGCUCACCAAAAUCAACCCAGAGAUUGAUGAAUUUGAUCACGACAGCGGUGACAUCCUGGCAAAGUUCAGUGAUCUACGAAGAGUGAUGCAGCAGCAUCACAAGCUUGUGAAAGGGAUUCGCAAGAAGAUGCCGAGUUUGACAGGUCUUAAUGCCGCGGAGAAGGUUACAAAAAUGGAAGAGUACCUGGAGUACCUCCAUGAGACCGGUAUUCCAGAUUUGGAGGAAGGCGAUGACGAAAUCCCCGAAUUAAGGGAGGAUACUAGUUUUGAUCUUCAUGGCAAGAUGAGCAACCUUGGAAGCAAUUCCAAAAGCUAA